CUUUAUUCUAAGUUCAGGAGCAGGGGAAGAAUUUCUGAAAUUUCAUUGCGAUUAUGCACUAUGGUCUUAUUUUACCACUGAUCCUUAUCCACUAGUUGGAUCCUGAAAGACAUGGGACCGGUAUUGCCAAUUACUGCAAGGAACACGCUCCCCGAUGCACUAAAUCCCUGUUUUGCAGACUCAAUAAAAUCAUAGUUUGAACUUUCACUAAAACUCCAAUCUUUAGAAGCGAAAUCGCAAUAUCUGCACGCCAGUUUGGAACAUAAUUCCUAAUUUUUGGUGAACUCGAGAUCGGAUUCAUUCGAUCACCACACGCCUACAAGUCCACCGUUCUGGCAUCCACCCGUCUUAGACCGGGUCCUGUCAUGUCUGCCCCCAGGAAAAACGGCGAGAGAGCACGUGAAUUUCACACGGAAGCGAACUCAUACAGCAUAUACGGCACCUACGCUCAGCUCAGUGUUAGUCUCACCGUCCCCAUCUGCCCUGGGACUGAUUAGCUCGAAAUUUGCAGGGUGUCGAGUCCGUUCUGAACGGCAGGAGAUGGAGAGAAGCAAAUUGGGUGGGCCAAGCUUGAAGCAGAAUCUUGCGGCUCUAACCCCUGUUAAUGAUUGGAGUGUGAUGGGGAAGGCUUUUGUAAACUGUUUCUGAUCCAUUUCCAAUUCUCACUCUGAUAAAACGUACCAAAAUAAAGCACCUGAUCCAAAUCCCACCUAGUAUGGCUUCAGUAUGCUAUAUUGGAAACUUAACAAUGACUGGUACCUUUGCGUGCAAACGCUUGUCCAGUCAAGCUGUAAUAAUAAUAAUAAUGAUAAUGAUGAUGGUGAUUAUGAUGACAUGAUGAUGACGAUGAUCAUGAUGAUUAUGAUGAUGAUGAUGAUUAUGAUGAUGAUGAUGAUGAUGAUGAUGAUGAUAAUAAUAAUAAUAAUAAUAAUAAUAACAACAACAACAACAACAACAACAACAACAAUUUUUCCAAGUGGGUAGAUGCUUAGGGGAGGAGGAAAGAGAUUUUGAGAGAAGGUUAGGUGGGAACGAUUUCACCCGGUGGGUGUUGAGUACGUGGAAUGCACUGCCGGAAAGCGUGAUGGGAACAGAGUCGCAGAAGUCACUUCAUGAGAGAAUAACCUUUACAUGAAUCUAUCGUUAAUACCAGGACCACACCUUUGAAAGGAUGUAAUAGCACUAGAUUUAGUGGGAAGGUAGUCACCACAUCAUUGCCUGGGGCGGCAAGGUUAUUUCCUUUGAUUGCAUACCCUGGAAUGAGGGAGUUAAAAGGGACAUGGCUGAAACAUAUUCGGAAAGGAAUAUUAGUUUAGAAUAGACCGCAGGAAACCCUUCCCCAUCUCAGAGGUAGAUAAACUAGAUGUCAUAGCUCUAAGGAUAGGAGAUUUAGAGCGAUCCUGAGGGAUCCAUUCUUCAGCCAGACAGGAGUGACCAUUUGCAACACACUGCUGGAGACAGGAGUGGAAGCAGAUUAUAAACAUCAUUUGAGAAGUGCCCAGACGCAGAGUUGAAUCAUCCAGGCGUUGGUAUCAACCAGUUAACUGCUGGAAGAUAGGUUUGAUACAGUCGGUGCCCAAAAUCCGUCUUUCCAAUACAUGGAGUCAGAUAGUCCUUGUGCAGCACGGCACAGAAACAACCGAUCCUUCAGGACAAGAUCCAGAUCGGAGUUUGUUCCAUAUCGCUCCAAAAUAUCCCAUCUUAGGUCAUUCGCUCGUCAUGGUCAUGUCGUACGCUGUAGGCGAUCAUGUUCCCAUGACUGUGGUUGUUUUUGACUUUUUUUCCCCGAAUGAAUCGAUUUGCCAUUGUAUUCUUCUGAGCAAAGCCUUUACAGGCCUGGUGACCACAGCCAUUACUAUCCAUCACCUGCUCCUGUAGACCUACAUGACUCUGAUCCGGGAGCUAAGCAGGUCUUUUGCUUUUCCCCCAGCAGAUCUGCCGGCUAGCCUAAGGAUGGGGCGAGCUAUAUCUCCUUUGCUUGAGGAGAAUCUUCACUCCGUCUCUCCCUGUCCAUAUACCUGCCUUUCAGAUAUCGUCACUGCUCAUGCCCCAUCCAGUUCAGUUGACAGCAUGCUCAAUGUGGUGAAAAUACUCGGUUUCAUAUUAAAUCGCCCUCAGACCAGAGCCCUCAAGCUCUUCAUCCCCCAAUCAUGGGGAAAGGAUUAUGUGUAAUGACGCUGAUACGUGUCUCAUAAUUUUAUAAAACUCUGCAUAUCACGCUCCUUCUCGGACGGUCAAUCGAACAGCGUCCUGUCUCGUUGGACCCUUCUGUAUAACGCAGCUGACAUGUCCGACAUGUUGGCCAUCGAAUAUCUCGCAAAGGAGCGCAGAAUUAAUAAAACGCUUGACGACGCGUGGAGGGAGGCACUUUCCCUACGACUAAACGACACGCGGCUGAGCAAGGUCCCAGUGCCCCGGGGGCUCAGUGAACAACACGUUGUGGCCUUAAUUGCCUACACGCUUCCUGGUAAUUUCUACGGCGUGUUCAAUGCGGCGACGAGGAUGUACAGGGCUAACGACUCCGUCUACGCGGAGAAAUUUCCUUUCAAAGGAUUCCAGUAUCUUCUCUCUGUUGCCAUCGAGCGGCUGAGAGAGGACUUGGGUAAGACACCCCAGCCGACCUACAGAAGAAUACAGGUGAAAUCCUUUGGUGAGGUGGGAUCCAGAAUGAAAUUUGGUUGUUUUGCUUCGUCCUCUCGCAAAAAAGGGAACAAGAAGUUCGGCACAAAAACAGUAUUUACAAUUUUUUCUCAGUACGGUGCCCAGAUAGAAAAUUACUCGUUUUACCCCAAUGAGGAAGAGGUUCUGAUUCCGCCAUAUGAAGCGUUCAAAAUCACGCGUUACGAACCGCGUACCGACGGGGUUGAUAUUUCUCUCCGAACGGACGGGCUGGCUGGGAUCCGGGUAAGGGUGGAGAGGGGCAGUGAAGGCGAGAUGACUGUCGUGCGGUGUGAGGGGACCGCAAUUUUCGCAAUGGUGUGGUUGUCCAUCCUGGCGCUGUUGGCUCACUUUUCGAUGUGAUUUAUGCGUAGAAUGUUCGUACUUCCGGUUAGAACUUCAUCUAAGAUUGACACAGAUCGUGGGGAAGGAUGCUGGGUUAACUAGCAGAUUUGAUAACGAGCGCCUUCAGUGUAGAGAAAAAAAAACUUAUUCUAACAUUUCAUGUCCCAAAUUAUACUUUUGUUUUUGAUUUGAUAAAGGCAGGUGCAUCAGUUAGUAAAUUCUUCCACUCUUGGUAUUCACUAUUUCAAUCGUUUUCCAUUCUUCUCUCAUUUGUCCAGCGUUAUUUGAUAUGGCAACGUUGUGUCCUCACAUGUCUCUGCGUGCCCCUCAUCAUUGGGUAUAAUUGUCCUUAUUACCUGGGUUUCAUCACCUAAGUUACAGAGGAGGGUUGAACAAGUUGAGUCUUUAUUCUUUGGAACGUAUAAGGUUCAGGGGGGAACUGAUAGAGGUGUUUAAAAUUAUGAGGGGGAUAGAUAGAGUUGACGUGGACAGGCUUUUUCCAUUGAGAGUGGGGGAGAUUCAAACAAGAGGACAUGAGUUGAGAGUUAAAAUGCAAAAGUUUAGGGGUAAGAUAAGGAGAAACUUCUUCAGCUGUGUGGAAGGAGCUUCCAGCAGAAGUGGUUAAGGUAGGUUCGAUGUUGUCGUUUAAAGUUAAAUUGGACAGGAAAGGAAUGGAGGGUUAUGGGCUGAGUGCAGGUCGGUGGGACUAAGUGGGAAUAAGAAUUCGGCACGGACUAGUAGGGCCGAGAUUACCUGUUUCCGUGCUGUAAUUGUUAUAUGGUUAUAUGGUUGAUCCGUCACCCGUUUAUUCCGAGUGAAAAUUCAUAGCUAUGGGCAAACAAAAGUUCUUAAAGUUAUGCGAUUGCGCAACUUCAAGCUUGCUUGCUGAGACUAAAGAUAACAUCGCCCUUGCGCUCUUGACUACCCUAGCUACCCUAUCUUCAAUAACUUUCAUUUCAUUCCACAUCUACCAUCUCAUCUACUCCCAGAAUCUUGCCACACGCUAUGUGUCUUCCAGCCUCUUCAGUCCUUUGAAAAUGGAUUCACACCGGCCACCGCCCGGCAAACACUUUUCCGAUGACAUUUCAUCUGCUUCUUCGCUACCAGUCUCAGUUAUUGGACAAUAUCGUCCAGCGGGCAGAGACGGAACUUGCAACAAUAGCGCUAUUCCUGGUUCCUCGAAGAUAUUAUUAUUGGCGACCAAACCCUCUUAAGUGCACAUCAAAACCCGUGGGGUGUAAAUUGUUUCGGGAUAUUUCAGUUUUCUAAAUUGGACAUCAGAGUGAUUUAAGGAAAGGGAACUGGACAGGCUCCUGGCUUGUUCACCCGGGCAAUGCAGAUGCAUCACUGAGAUAGGACAUCGAAUCGCAGGUUAAAAAAAGGGGCACUAGUGUGUGAAACGAAAUGCCUUCAGUCCAAAACCGUUCAAAACCCGGGUGUAAUGUUGAUUAAUGUCCUUAAGUAGUGUUACAUUAGGAUUAUUAUAAGCCUCUUAUGUCUAUCUUUACAGAUGAUAUCAAAUCGCUGGAGAUUAUUUGACUUCUUAUCUGUAGAUUACUUAAUUGUGAGCUUCUACCUAUCAUCUAUUAAUAA